GGUUCUUCCUCCUCCCGCGUGUCUCCCCCUCCUCCCCUGUCCCUUCUCCUCCCUGUCCCUCCUCCCUUCCCUGACCCUCAGGGCGCUGGAGACCGCCCCCCAUCCCCUGAUCAGCUACACAUUUUACAACCAGUGCACUUAGGUUGGGGAGGGGUCUGUGGUGCGUCGGUGGGGCCCACGUCCCCCUCCCAACUUCUUGGAAUCAGCGACCCGCGCUGGCCUGGCUGCCGGGCUUAAGCCCUCCGGGACCAAAGACACAAGCUCGAGUUUCCUUUGAGAAAAGAAAGCGCCCAAGAAUGUGGGGGAGAAACUCCCCUGUAAUUAGGAUCUCCAGAAUGUUAUGGAACAGUUCAAUCCUGGGCUUCGAAAUUUGAUAAACCUAGGGAAAAAUUAUGAGAAAGCCGUAAAUGCUAUGAUCCUGGCAGGAAAAGCCUACUAUGACGGAGUGGCCAAGAUUGGUGAGAUUGCUACCGGGUCCCCCGUGUCGACUGAACUGGGCCAUGUCCUCAUAGAGAUUUCAAGCACCCACAAGAAACUCAACGAGAGUCUUGAUGAAAAUUUUAAAAAAUUCCACAAAGAGAUUAUCCAUGAGCUAGAGAAGAAGAUAGAACUUGACGUGAAAUAUAUGAAUGCAACUCUAAAAAGAUACCAAACAGAACACAAGAAUAAAUUGGAGUCUUUGGAGAAAUCCCAAGCUGAGUUGAAGAAGAUCAGAAGGAAAGGCCAAGGAGGACGAAACGCACUCAAAUAUGAACACAAAGAAAUUGAGUACGUGGAGACCGUUACUUCUCGUCAGAGUGAAAUCCAGAAAUUUAUUGCAGAUGGUUGCAAAGAAGCUCUGCUUGAAGAGAAGAGGCGCUUCUGCUUUCUGGUUGACAAGCACUGCAGCUUCGCAAACCACAUACAUUAUUAUCACUUACAGUCUGCAGAACUACUGAAUUCCAAGCUGCCUCGGUGGCAGGAGACCUGCGUUGACGCCAUCAAAGUGCCAGAGAAAAUCAUGAAUAUGAUCGAAGAAAUAAAGACCCCAGGCUCUACCCCCGUGUCCGGGACACCUCAGCCUUCGCCUAUGAUCGAGAGAAGCAAUGUGGUUAGGAAAGAUUACGACACCCUUUCCAAAUGCUCACCAAAGAUGCCCCCCGCUCCUUCAGGCCGAGCGUACACCAGUCCUUUGAUCGAUAUGUUUAAUAACCCAGCAACGGCCACACCAAAAUCAGAAAGGAUAAAUAAUUCAACAGAUACUUCCGAAGAUCCCAGUUUACAACGAUCAGUUUCGGUUGCAACUGGACUGAACAUGAUGAAAAAGCAGAAAGUGAAGACCAUCUUCCCGCACACUGCGGGCACCAACAAGACCUUACUCAGCUUUGCACAGGGAGACGUCAUCACGCUGCUCAUCCCCGAGGAGAAGGAUGGCUGGCUGUACGGAGAACAUGAUACGUCCAAGGCGAGGGGCUGGUUCCCGUCGUCAUACACGAAGUUGCUAGAAGAAAAUGAGACGGAAGCAAUGACUGUGCCCACACCAAGCCCCGCGCCGGUGAGAAGCAUCAGCACCGUGAACUUGUCUGAGAGCAGCAGUGUUGUCAUCCCCCCACCCGACUACCUGGAAUGCUUGUCCAUGGGGGCAGCUGCCGACAAGAAGGCAGACCAGGCCAGAACUACAUCCACCUUCAAGUCACCAGCGUCCAAGCCAGAGACCGUGGCUCCUAAUGAUGCCAACGGGACUGCGAAGCCACCUUUUCUCAGUGGAGAAAACCCCUUUGCCACUGUGAAGCUCCGCCCGACCGUGACAAAUGAUCGCUCAGCGCCCAUCAUUCGAUGAGAAGACAGCCAGGGACUCUCCUGGGCCUCUCCUGUUCUCCCUUUUGGAAUGAUGGGCACGUCCUGUCUGCCUCGUGCUGUCGGGAAGCUUCAACGGAGGAGCCUGACUGAGCAAAUCAUGCUUCUGUUUCACAUAGUUGGGUUGACACGUUUCUGCCUUUAAGAUAACUGAGUAAUAGUCUAAUGACCAACUCAAUCAUUUAAAAUAUUUUCUUCUUAUUCUGUUCAAGAAGCAAUGAGCAUGGUUUCAAUCUUUACUGUAUUUUUUUAAUGAAUUUUUUUCCUUAAUAAAGCCAGAAUAAGGGAUAGUCUAUGCUUUCAUGACUGGCUUUCUGCACGUGAUGCAAAUGAGACCAGUUUUAUAAAGUAUGUGCUCUUAGUAGCAUUAUGUCUAGCUAAAGAAAAUAUCACAUAAGUUUGCAUCUUAGCAUGCAAAUCAUAAUUUUAAGCAAUAUAAAUUAUGAAAAUACUAUAUACAUGUAAUUUUUUAACUAAAAAUUUUUAAACUUUAAUGAAAUGUGGAGCUUCCAGAGAUGGAGAAACCCUGCUCCCUCCGACUCCUACAGAGCUGUAGAGUGCCAAGACAUUUUGCCUGCCCUUAUCACAGCCACCAGUCGCACUUGAUGGAAUCCCCUCCCGGAGAUCCUUUUCUCAGUAGUUAAGAGUCACCGGCUGGAUUCGCCACACAGCUCAUCCAGGACACGGAGCUGGGCGUUGGAGUCACAGCUCCUGUGUUUUCACUCAGCUAGUUGGCCAAAGCUGCAUCCAUUACCAAUACACUCAAACUUCUCGGGGUCCCAGUUUCUCCAUGUUUCAGUCAGGUCAGACUCUCAAAGGAUGUGCAUAAAGCCCACGUGACCUCUGGUGCCUGGAGAGGGCGGGUUUUCAGCCCAGCAGCCAUGACACACUCAGAACCCAGCCCUGCAGCGUGGACGUGAGGACUCAGCGGUGGCUGCCCUGAGCCCCGGGCUGGAAUUCACCUCUGCCUGCCAAGGAUCUGGACCUAUUUUGGAGUGGAGCAUCAUGGCUAAAUUCCCAGCCCAGCUCAGGUAUGGGAAUCUCAGCACCUUGUGAGGCUAAGACAGGAGAAUCACCUGAGGUCAGGAGUCUCUCCUAAAAAUAGAAAAAUUAGCCCGGCAUGGUGGCAGGCACCUUUGAUCCCAGCUACUCGGGAGGCUGAGGCAGGAGAAUCGCUUGAACUCAGGAGGCGGAGGUUACAGUGAGCUGAGAUCACGCCACUGCACUUCAGCCUGGGUGACAGAUUACCAACCUGGCUGCUCACCUUGUGUGUUGGGGGCACUGGGACUUCUCACCUCUCCUCUGGCCUUGCCAUAGUGUACUGUUUUCCUAUGAGGUGGAAAUUGGGAAAGAUCACAUGCAGGUAAGCCAGUGGACAGGGGUGACGCUUCAGGCUCCUUCUAGCCAGGUAGAGCAGUGUCGCCAUCUGCCUCUCUUGGGAGGACAAACCAGGCAAGCCCCAUGGAGGGCCACAAGCACCAUGAACUGUGUUAGCCUCCAGGUUUGUUCUACAGAAGGAGCUGUGGCCACAUAAGAAUUCAGUCCACAAGACCUCUGUGGCUGUGUUCCCCACUUCAGAUGUCAGAGCAGGCCUCAGGGAGCCCCAUUUACAGCCGUGGGGAACUGCAGGGUGUGGGUGAACUACCUUUGGUGCCCUACCUUGGCGAUGUUUCUGGUUUUGUUACAGGAUAGGAGAAUGGGGCCUGGACGGUCUCAGAUGCAGCCCCAGGUUCCACCUCACAGACCAGAACCGAGGGGAUGGCCUUGUCCUUGGCACCGAGGUGCCUGCUCUGUAAAUGUCAAGGGGUUAUAUUUAAUUUUAAUAAUAAAGAACUUGAAAACAAG